AUGUGCGACAGCGUGUUCACGUACCCGUCGGUGGCUCCACUAAGAAGCAGGUUCGAGUUGGACGGAUGGAACCGGACCUCGGUGAUGUCGUCGUUGUGGCUGUCCACGAACGACCGCACAGGAUUUGACGGGUUUCUGAUGUCCCAUAGCAGCAGCUCGGAGUCGGUUCCGCUAAGUUCUGUUCCUGCUACCAACAUGUUAUGGCCAAAGUCCAGAGAUAAGAACGGCAGUUUUCGAGCGUUCGACACCUCAACAACGUUUCGGGACUGA